GCCAAGAUUUGGUUUUUUCCCCCAGUGUGCGCAUGCUCGUUUGUGCGACUUUUGUGGCUGCGCUCUGAUUGAAUGAGUGUGUUUUUGCGUGAACCGAAAACUAAAGAAAGUUAACGGAGAACAGACGAAACACAUUUUCUAAACUUCCAGUCAACACGGUUUUAUGAAGCGUCUAGAUUCUAACACUCAGGUAGAACAACGAUAUACGGUGCACACAAAAGUAUUGUAGUUUUCCAAGUGGAAGGGAAUUGCUGGCAGUUCGUUGCUGUUUGUAGAUUAUGGGUACAACUGCCAGUACAGCACAGCAGACAGUCUCCGUAGCACAUCCAAUUGAAAGUGUCCAUGGCAAUGGGAUGGCAGACAACAGGCGGUCAAUGAGCAUUAACUCCUUUCAAACAGUCAACAUUCACAAUAACAAGGCCAAGUCCAUCAUUACCAAUAAGGUGGCACCGGUAGUCAUUACGUAUAACUGUAGAGAAGAGUUUCAGAUUCACGAUGAUCUCCUUAAAGCAAAUUACACUGUUGGACGAAUUUCAGACACCAUGCCUGAACACUACCUCGUACAGGGCAAAUAUUUUAUGGUGCAGGACGUGUACAGUAAAGCAGAUGUCUUAAACACUACGGGCAGUUAUGGUGCACCAAACUUCAGGCAGGCCAAGGGAAGCUACCCUUUGUUUGGAAUGGGGCAACCCAGCCUUAGUGGCUUCACGCAAGUCCUUCAGAGACUGCAGACACAUGGUUACAAGGAAGUGAUCUUCUUCUGUGUGCGCGAGGAACCUGUUGUGUUUUUACAUUUGGAAAAUGAUUUUCUACCUUACACACCAAGGAGAAAAGAAAACCUCCACGAAAACCUCCAUGGUUUGGGAAAAGAUGUUAAAGUGGAAAACUUGGAGUUGACAAUCAGAAAGGAGCUUUAUGACUUUGCUCAGCUGAACGAAAAUGUGUACUAUCUCUACAAUGACAUUGAACACUUCAAGAAUGAGCCUCAGCACAUCACCAUCAGCUGUGAAGAGGACAUUCAUGUCACUGAAGAAGUUUACAAGAGACCUGUCUUUACAAUGCCUUCAUAUAGGUAUUAUCGAUUGCCACUUCCAAUGGAAGGCGCACCGCAGGAGCGGCAGUUUGAUACCUUUGUUAAUAUACUCAGGGAGAGCCCAAAUUUGCUGCUUUCUCGAGACACAACAAAACCUCUUCCUGCCCUCCUCUUCAGCUGCCAAGUAGGAGUGGGCAGGACAAACCUAGGCAUGAUUCUUGGUACCCUUGUGAUGUAUCACCAGAAAGGAGCUCCAGAGAAGCAAAAACUCGCUGAGAAUGCCAGCACAGUGCCAAAGGUACAUUUUCAGAUUAUCCAGAAUUUUAUCAACUUAGUGCCAAAAGGUCAGCAAAUUCUUGAAGAGGUGGACAGUGCUAUAGCGCUCUGCUCAGAGAUGCAUGACAUUAAAGAAGCAAUCUAUGAGAACAAGAAGAAGCUUGAGGGGAUCGGGGAGGAUUACCGGGUCCAGGGAAGCAGCACCAAAGAAUAUUUUCUCCAGAGAACGUUGCAGAGCUUGGAGCGCUAUUUUUACCUUAUUGCUUUUAAUUACUACCUUCAUGAACAGUAUCCUCUGGCUUUUGCACUGAACUUCAGUAAAUGGAUGUGCAGUCACCCUUGGGUUUACAGGCUUCUUGCUAGCAUGAAUUUAUCAGAGUUAUCUGUACCAGUGGAUCUAGUAACCAAAGGAACAAGGGUGUUGGUAUCUGAUGAAUACUUGGCUCCAGAUGUUCUUAGUACAGUCAAAGAGAUGAAGGUAGCCAAUUUUAGAAGAGUCCCCAAAAUGUCUGUCUAUGGAAUGGCACAGCCCAAUUCUGAGGCGACUGGCUUUGUCGUGGGCUACUUGACAGAUGAGAAGAGGAAGCACUCGCACAUCUUGUGGGUGAAUCUGCAGGAGGAGGUGGUGUUGGAAGGCAAUGGGCAGGUGUACACCCCCCGGGAGCCAGGCUGUUUGGAACAACAGAUCACUGGGCCAGCCUCUUCACCAGACCAGAUUGAGAAACUAGAAACUGCUACCAAAGAAGAAAUCUUAAAAUCCCAGAAAUGGCUGGAAGUGAGUUUGGAGCAGGAAAAGCAGAUGAAAAUGUUUAAGACCUGCUUAACAGUGAAGGAGAUCUUCAAUCAGCACAAGACCUCCUGUCAGGGACUUGUAUACAGACGCAUCCCUCUUUUAGACUGCUGUGCUCCAAGGGAACAGGACUUUGACAGGCUGAUGGAAGCCAUGAAGGAGACCCUAGCAGAGGACUCUCGAGCUGCUUUUGUAUUCAACUGUCACAACGGCAAAGGGAGGACCACCACAGCAAUGGUCAUUGCCGCUCUCACUCUGUGGCACUUUAAUGGUUUCCCUGAGAUGAGUGAUGAUGAGAUAGUGAGUGUUCCCUAUGCCAAAUACACAAAAGGAGAGUUUGAGGUUGUGAUGCAGUUAGUUAGACUUCUGCCUGAGGGGCACAGAAUGAAGAAGGAGGUCGACACAGCCUUGGAUGCUGUGAGCGAGACCAUGACCCCCAUGCAUUAUCACUUGAGAGAGAUCAUUAUCUGCACCUACAGACAGAUUAAAACUGCCAAGUGUGAGAAAGAAAUGCAGCUGUUGCAGCUGCAAAGCCUGCAGUACCUGGAGCGCUAUGUUUACCUCAUCCUCUUCAACACUUACUUACAUUUGGAGAAGAAAGACUCCUGGCAAAGACCUUUCAGCAUCUGGAUGUACGAGGUGGCAGCCAGGGCUGGGGUUUAUGAGAUUCUGAACGAGCUGGGGUUCUCGGAGUUUGAAAACCCAGAGGACACACAACUUGCCAGGCUGCGCUACCGCUGGCAACAGCAGAGCCUCCACACGCUUCCUUUCCGAGGGGAGUUCAUUUAAGAAAGGAUCACUGUGAACUGCCAAAAAUAUCUCAUUAAUUGCUUAGUCUGCCUUCAUACAGUUUUUAACUCCUGAAACAUUUUCUUUCCCUAGUGCCCCCAAAACCACAAAACUGCCUUUUAUACUGUUUUUUUUUAAACUGAUGUUUAAAGAAUUGUAAUACAAAAAACUCUAUAUUAUGUGUUCAGUAACAGCGUUGGUUUUAUAACAGCAGUAAUACUAAAGGUGCACUAUACUACCCUAGAAAGCCCUGCAAUUAUGAUAAUGGCCAUUUUAUUAAACACUGCCCUCUAUUCACCACACUCACGCUAUAUUUAAAGACUUUGUUGAUGCCCGUUUUAAUGAUUUGAAAUCAUUAAAACAUUUUGAUGAAAACUUUGCUAUAUAUAGGUAUGCUAACAGUAAAUUGUAGUUGACCUUGGAAGUCAGCCUAUCGGUUCAUUAUUAUAUUAUUAUCAGAUAAAUAUUUUUUUUUUCUUUAGGGUUCCUGUAUAUGAGUUGUUUUAAGCUUUAAAGAUAAAACUAAUAUAGUUACAUAUUUUAAAGCAAGUAUGGUAAAAUAAUUCUUAGUAUAGUUAUUUAAAGUACAAGGUAUUUAACAGCAGACAUUGAAUGCCUUAACAACUAGAAAUGUGUUUUCUUACUGGCAGUGCAAUAAGCUUGUAUGCAUGAGAAGUAAUGAUCUUGACAGUCUAACAUGAGAUCAUUUUACAAACUUCCCUGUUCCAUUGCCGGGUUACAUGUUUGCCAAAUGUAUUUAGUAUUAUUAAAAAAAGAUCCUUAUUUGGUUAAUUAGGAGUGGGGCUUCUUUAAAUUCGGAGUGGGACUAUAGUUUCAAGAGAAUACCUGGAAAGCUUGACCUUAAUUACUUUGACAGUGGAAAAGCAAGAGCAUUCUUCUCAGCCAAUUAUUCAUAUACUGUACAUAAAACAUAUGCUGUUUUAUAUCAUUGACUUUGCAACCUUCUUUCCACUGUGCAUUUAUACUGUACACGACUACUGUACAGAAGUCCCUCUAAAAAUUGUGAGACCUGUGAUGCUGCAUUGGACCCGUGCCAGAUAGCAAUCCUUUAUUGACCUGUGCUAAAAACCCCUCAGUGAAAACUUUCAUACAUUACUCUUGGUUCAAAAUAUUUCAAAGAGAACUCCUUUUACAACAUCCACAAUUCAUCAACAAUCUGAAGGGAUUGAUAAAGCAUAUUUUUUUCCUCCGAAGAGUCAAUAUUUGUAUUAUAAUUUGAAAAAAGGUACACUUACGCAUGUUAGUUUCCAGCAAUAUCUACUUUUGUAGUCUGUUCUUUUUUUGUUUUUUUUAAACGAAUUGAACAGGUGUCAAAGUGUUGAGCUCGUCUUCGCUUUUAGUAUUCACACACCAGUAUGAAAUGCCUUACAGAAAACUCACGUUUAAUGUUUCUUUCAUUGUUGUUCCAGAUGCAGUGUAUUUUUUUUUUGUUAUGCUCAAAUUAUGAUUGCACUGGCAAGUGCUUAGUCCAAGAUGCACACAGUGAAAUUUGUAUUUUCCAUCUGUAAAAGUAUUCCAAUGGUGUUCAUGGAAUUCUGGUUAGCUACAGUCUAAAAUGCUUGGUGCCACUACAAAUUUAACAAAACCUAGCUGUUUAUAUCUAGCUCCAUGUUAGAAUUAUGUAUUUAAGUGUAUUAUAGAGGUGUUUUAAUUAUACUAAACCAAGCACUUAUACAUUUUAACAAAAGCCAUAUAUUUAUUUGUCAUGAUGCUACAGUACAUUGCUUGUACAUUGUGCUCCAAUUUUUUAUGAAUGAAAAUCCAAGCACAGUAUAAAUAAAGCGAAAGGUCUGAUACUGGUUUGCUACCCUUUUGGUCUACUUGACAUAGUGGUAGUGCUAUGCAGUGUUAUUAAUAAGCUAUUAUUGAUAUAGCCUGCUUGAAAUAGGAUCACUGUAUUGCCAAAAACAUUGCCUUCUUUUUGCUAUUGCUUAAGAGAACUGUUUUUAUUAUUUGAAGAAUAACAUAUUACAUUUUUAUGUGGCUUGUUUUUCAUUGUAAUGUGUUUUUUUUUUCUUAGUCACAUUUAAUUUUGUAUAUAUUAAAUUGUUUAAAAUGUAAA